UGGUGCAAAAUGCAAUGGACUUUAAGUGGGCGUUUGGAUGUGUCAACCUCAAGUUGAAUUUUAAAAAUUUUGACGGGGCACGUGUAAAAGUGAAAAUUUUUGGUGGCCAAAUGCUUGCUGAAAUUCACAGAUGAUAGCUGUCUCGUUUCCAAAUUUACACAUUUGUAAUUGUAUAGUGUAUUUGCGGAAACAAUGGCGAAGAGGUUAGCGAGAGGUGGAAGAAGGGAGGAGGUACCGUCGCGGUCGAUUUUGACUCGAGCCGUGGACUCAGUAUUUGAUUUUGUCCGAUUGGCAGAGUUCGAGAUCCUCUUCGUCCUCUUUUUUAUUGUAGCAUAUGUGAUUUUCAAGGAUCUGACUUCAAGGCCGGAGUAUAAUCAGAUCUUGGUGAAGAAACCAGAUUGGUGGCCUUAUUAGACUGUACCUGCAGGGUGUUUUCCAUGUCUACUUGAAAAGUAUGAGUUGCUCUGUACAUUUUUUUCUUUUGUGUUUGUCCAGAUCUGAUAUACAAUACAUAGCUAGAGUUUGAGUUUUAUCUAUUUUGGAGCUGUAUCUAUUCAGUAUAUAUCAAUUGGUUUUAAUAUAGAGAACAAAUACAAAGUGAAUCGAUAAACUAUAUUGUGUUUUUUUUUAAAAGUAAAUUAUUGUUACAUUUGAUAAUUA